AAAUCAUAAACACAACAAACAAAGUGUACAACUUCAAAAACUACUUUUUUGUAAUUAUACAAAAAGGUAAAUGGCUUCAAGUUAUAGCUUGGUAUUUCUUCAUGUGUUAGUCAUAUUUUCUCUAGCACGCAUGGCUUUUGCGGAUUUGUCAGAUGAUUUCUACGAUGAUAUUUGUCCCCAAGCUUUACCAACCAUUAGAAGGGUUGUUGAGGAUGCAGUCAGGCAAGAGAGGCGAAUGGGUGCCUCUUUGCUACGAUUACAUUUUCAUGAUUGUUUCGUUAAUGGUUGUGACGCUUCAAUUCUUCUUGAUCAAACGGCUACAAUUGAUAGUGAAAAGACUUCUCGUGCUAAUAACAAUUCAGCCAGAGGAUUUGAGGUGAUCGAUAGAAUUAAGUCGGAGGUUGAUAAAGUUUGUGGACGUCCAGUUGUAUCUUGUGCGGACAUCUUGGCUGUUGCAGCUCGUGACUCCGUAGUUGCGUUACAUGGACCAACAUGGGAAGUGGAACUAGGAAGAAGGGAUUCGACUACAGCAAGUAGAACCACUGCUAACAAUGACAUUCCAACUCCAUUGAUGGACUUACCUGCACUUAUCGACAACUUUAAGAAGCAAGGUUUGGAUGAAGAAGACCUCGUUGCUCUCUCUGGUGGCCACACACUAGGGUUUGCUCAGUGUUCCACCUUUAGGAAUCGCAUUUACGAUGAGACUAACAACAUCGACUCAACCUUUGCAAGUCAACGUCAAGCAAAUUGUCCGCGUAGUGGUGGUGAUUCCAAUCUUGCUUCCCUUGAUCCUACAUCUGCUCUUUUUGACUCCAAAUAUUUCAGUAACUUGGUGUCUAAGAAAGGGCUAUUGCAUUCCGAUCAAGCAUUGUUUAGCGGAGGAGAGACUGAUGAGCUUGUUAAAACCUAUCGUACAAAUCUAAGGACUUUUUCAAAAGAUUUUGCUGAGUCUAUGAUUAAGAUGGGUAAUAUCAAGCCAUUAAUCGGAAAUGAGGGCCAAAUUCGUGUCGAUUGCAGGAAGGUGAACUAAUGAAAUCAAGUGUGUUUCAGUAAUUUGAUUAUUUUCAAUUGUAAUUGUGAUCUUUUUUCAUUUGUAACCAUUGUUAUUGUUUAACUUAAAAAAUAAGUUUAUUGUGAACAGAGAAUUGUGUGGUAAUUGGUGUUUUUUUCAGAAGAGGCUCUCUCAGUACACUAAUCUCUCCAGUUGGUCC